AUGAAGUUCAUGCCCGCCCUCGUUGCCGUGUGCGCUGCUCUAAUGUCGUGCUCGGUUAGUGCUCAGACGCCGUCUUCCAGUCUUAUCGACGACUUGAUCACGACCCCGGUCACAGAAAUUGAGGGUGGCAAGGGAUACGUCGCGGGCGUUCGCUCUACUAAAGAUGGCGCCAAUUUCUGUUCGGGUGCUCUAAUCGGGCCUUCACACGUUUUGACCGUGGCGAGUUGUAUCCCGAACAACAUUCGCUGGGUGUCGCUCGGCUCCGACUCGUACACUGGCACGGACAGCGGUGAGCAGAUCAAGGUCGUAGCCUUCUUAGUGCACCCAAACAACACCGACUUCACGAACGACUUUCUCAUCCUUGAGUUAGAGCUGGAAUCGAAUUAUAAGCCUGUGCUUCUGGACCCCGUUAAGUCGAUCGUCAAGUCUGGAAUGAAGGGUGCUCGUCUCGGCUGGAACGACACCACGGCGGAAGCCGUGCAGUCUCGCUAUCUGCAUAGUGUGGAGGUGCAACUCGUGAGCAACAAGAUCUGCUCAACGGAGCUGAAAAUUGACGACACCAAGUUAUGCUCCCGUGGCGUCUCGGCCACCAAGUCGUGUAUGGGUGACACAGGUGGUGCGGUUACUGUGAAGAAGAAAAGUUAUGAGGUCCUUGUGGGUCUGGUAAGCAACAAUGAAGACUGUGGUGAAGUCGGCGGUAUGAGCGUUUACUCUCGAGUAUCCACUGUGCGUCCAUGGAUCGACUCGGUCAUCAAGGGUGUCUGCGUCGCCUAA